AUGUACCGCAUUGGUCUCCUCCUGUUCAAUACUAGAAAAUUUCUCCAUUUUGGCAACUGACCCUUUUCUCUUUUUUUAACCUGGCCCAAAGUCUGUAUUUUGUUUACUUGCGUUAUAUAUAGGGAGAGAGUUUCUCCAUUCUUUAGAGGAGCACCCAUCCGUGAGAUUACGCUUCUUCUUCUUCUCUCUUUACACGCAUCGUCUUCUUUGUUUCAGAUUUCGACCUUUGAAUACGGUCUUCUGUUUUCAGCCACACAUUUAGUCUAUUGAUUCGCGUUGGGUGAAGAUUUGCAAAGCAUUUCAGAAGGGUUUCGGAGAAAUUCUCACAGAUUGGGCUUGUCUUUUUCGUUCUCCGAAGUAGUAGAAGCUGAAAAGCAAUGCUAUUAUUACUGCUCAAGAGUAAUUGAAAAGCAUCUAGGAACAAAUUAGAAGAUAAAGAUGCAAUGGGAGCAUCCAGUGGACCAAAGCUCUCGGGGAUGCAGAAGCAAGUGCUUGGCCUAUACAGAGGUUUUCUGCGAGCAGCACGCUCCAAAUCCCCUGAAGACCGACGCCGAAUUGAAUCAGUUGUGUCAGCCGAGUUCCGUCACAAUUCCAAAGUAGUUGAUCGCAAGAAUUUCAUCUAUAUUGAGUACUUGCUUCGCCGUGGCACGAGACAGCUUGAUCAGCUCAGGAGCCCCGGCACUGUUGGAUUAUCAUCCUUGAAUGUAGAUCCCACCCAAUCCAAAAAAUCACAAGGCUAAAAUUAGUAUCAUGGCUUUUUCUUUAUCUUCUUUCCGCGGCUGGAAUUGAUUUGUUUCUAUCAGUCUAUCAUUAGAGGAAUUAUAAUUCUUUAUGUUUAAUCUCUAACAUUACAGGUAUAAAUAGACAAUAAUUUUUUUGUCUUA